AUGUACGAUUUUUGCCCACUGGAUCUGUUCAGUGGUGAUUUGGAUCGUAUGCGAAAAGCCCUAAAAUCACUGUUUGCUGUACCUCAUCGAAAUUUGCGUAUUUUUUUGGAUGGAACUGUGAUACAUUCGGAUGAAAUACCGCUUGCUGGUGAGCAACUCCGCGAAACACUGUUCCAUGAUGGCUCGAUAUCUGUUGAACAGCUCAUCACUGCCUUGUGCUGUAUAAUGGUUGGUGCACCAUCGGAUGAUUUGUUUGCAAUGCAUAGUUCAAGUGUUUUGGCAAAACUACUCACCGGACAGCGUAUAGAUACGAUUGGUAUUGUACGUGCAUAUCAGAUCUACAGGAGCCUUCCCGAAGCAGUACAGGUAGACUUUACACACACACACUGCGAGCUUAGUGAAUUUUGCCAUUUACGAACUUAUUAA